UCUAACAGCGUUGCACAGGUCCUCCCUCGGUAAACAUAUGGAAGGACAUCGGGACAUUCAGUGCUGUUUGUUAUGAUGUGUCAACUGUCCCUCAGCGAACUUUAUCCGAGCACGAUGAGCGGCUGCAUUUAAUUUGUAUAGUGGGUCGUUUUGAUCGUGAAGAACAGCGCCAUGUCACAACAGGAGCUCUUUGUGGACUCGCCACCGGCGGGUCCCGGUGCGAGUGAAGCCGGAGGAGGAAGCAGGGGCAGAAGCCGCCUGGGUCUCGUCGUCACGGGGAUGCUGGGAGGUUCGCUGGUCGCCCUGUACGCGGUGGCAGCUCCGUUUGUGGCCCCGGCCCUGAGGAAGAUCUGCCUCCCGUUCGUCCCCGCGACCACAGCCCAGGUGGAGAAUGUCCUGCAGGCGCUGCGGGUCAGGUCAGGCUCUCUGGUGGACAUAGGGAGCGGAGAUGGACGGAUAGUGAUAGCAGCAGCCAAGCAUGGCUUUCGGGCAUCAGGCUUUGAGCUGAACCCCUGGCUGGUGUGGUAUUCCCGCUACAAGGCCUGGAGGGAGGGAGUCCACUCCUCCACCUCCUUCCAUAUCUCUGACUUGUGGAAGGUCAGUUUUGCUCAGUACUCCAAUGUUGUCAUUUUUGGAGUCCCUCAAAUGAUGGACCAGCUGGAGCUGAAGCUGGCAAGGGAGUUGCCGAGUUCAGCCAGGGUGGUGGCCUGCCGCUUCCCCUUCCCUACCUGGGUCCCUGAACAUACUGCAGGGGAGGGCAUAGACACUGUUUGGGUGUACAAUGCCAAGACGUUUAAAUCACAACUGCAACAAGGAUUGACAAGACAGACAAUGACAACAGCCCAGGAGGACACAUGAGACACAUGUGUCCUAAGUGCAAAGCAUUCGAUUUGCUGUGAGGUGUGAAUGGGAAUUGUCAUCAUUUGAACUGUUUUCAUGUUUUUACCUCUACAAAGGAGGUUUUAUUUUUGUCUGCUCUUGGAUACAGCUGAAAUGGUUGUAAAAUAUUGAAGCACUUAAAAAUAUCCCUUAAAUAAAUGUAUGUGUCUGCCUGCUAGUAUGAUUACACAAAAACUGCUGAAACAAUUUCCAUGAAAUUGUGUGUGUGUGUGUGGGGGGGGGAGGGGGAUGCAAAGAACCCAUUAAAUGUUUGACCUUUUAAUGUGUCAUGUUAGCUUCUUAUAAACCUGAAUUUCACAAAGACUACUUGAUGGAUUACCCUGAAACUUGGUGGAAGGACACAUUAUGAUUCAGUUAAGAAAGCGGUAAAUUUUGGUGUGGAUCUGGAUUAGCAGUAGGAUUUUCUUUUCAUACUGAUAGAUAGGGACUAGUUAGUUCUCAGACAAUAAUUCUUGGAUAUAUGACUUUGUACAAUUUGUAAUAUGAAUCGAGUAAUUUGAAUUCCAGAGAAUCAAAGUACAUAUUUUAUGAUGCAUUUUCUAACUCGGAAACCAGGCUCACCAGAGAGGCCUCUGGGUUUAUUCCAACUAUGCUACUCAAGCUCCUGAUUGUGGAACCUGUGUUCCAUGUUACAGUUUUUGUUCCAGGAGGUUUAUAAUGGGCUCCGAAUGUGACUCACUUCUCAGUCAUGUCGUCAACUGUGGCUUACAGGGAUAGUUCACAAAAAAAAUGGAAGUUCACUCAUUAUCUUCUCACCACUAUACUGACGAAAUGUUAGAUUCCACAAAACAGAUUUUCAGGGGUGAACAACGUUGACGACAAAUCCAAUACAAUCAAAGUAAAUGGUGACCAGUUUUAUUAUGGCACUCACAACCUGCUCAUAUUUAAUGUUUUAGAAAUCCUUGAGAUGUGACACAGUUCACGGUGACCCCCACUGUCUGUGUGUCAAGUGUUGCCAGAUACAUGGAUUUACAUCGUCUGUUACCUCAUUCCUACUUGAUAUAUACUUGCUUGCAUCAGAAGGCAAAGUAAAAAUGUCAUUGUAAAGGACUGCAUAUAUAAAACACUUUGAACUUUGAUAUUAUUGCGGGUAAAGUGUCCUGUUUGAACCUGAAUGACAAGUCAUGAGAAAAUAUGUUUUAUGAUUCACUUUAUAACUCUUCUAUUUAUUCCACAGGCAAACGAUAAAGAAAAUAAAUAAAUAAAGUAAAUCCUACUUAA